GCCGCGCUUCCCUUGCCCUCCGCUGGGCCCUCUUAUUUCCGCCUCAGGGAACUCCACAAGGGCCAGAUCCCGGUCUGAGGCCGGCCUUGCCCGCCUCGGAAAGCCUCUUCUGCCUCUUCAGCCUCGCUGCGGUCCUCCGUCUUCCCCGCCACCAGACCUGGUCCCUUGGUUGGUGAUACCCGCCAACGAAGUGCCCGGCGGCCGUGCCGCGGACUGUCUCGGAAGACGUCGCCCCUCGUGCAGCUGGGUCGGCUCCUGGUGGUCUCGGGCUGUUGUGGCCCGGAAGGCCUUGCCCAUCCCUGGGAACGAGGGGGGGUGUUGGGCCUAGGGGUCUUGGGAGCAAACCACAUUUACUCCCUGCCUUUCCUCUGCUGCCUUGCAGUGAAGCCAGGGCGUUACCUAAACUGGUUCUGCCCCAGCUCCUCCUCUGGCUCAGCUGGCCGCUGGCUCUCCUCCUGAAUCUUGGCUCAGAGGGAGCCGGAGGAGCCUCCUUCUCAAGCUACUCAGCGUGGGCGCCGUUAGGGAUCUGGCGGUAAAAGAGGCAGCCAGCGGGCACAGAGGGCAGCAGCCCAGACCCACGGGCGGAGAUGGGACGUUCUCCACUGAGGCAGAGCCUGCUGGACCUCCGUCUCUUCAAGAAGAAGGAUUUAACAGCCCGCUUGCAAGAAUGGCCGUGAACUGUCUAGAUGACGUCCCUGAGUGCUCUGUUUGCCAAAGUAAUAUCUGUGCUGUGGCAGCUCAUGAUUUUUUCAAAUCUGCCCAGCCCGCUUGGCACAGCAGAGUGCAAGAUGGAACUGCAGUAGUGUUCAGAGAACCCAAAUGACUUGCAACUUGGUUUAGAAUCUAAAGCAAGAGUCCAAAAGGACAGUGAAGGCUUAAUUGAGACAAAGCUCCAGUCUCAGUCUUGUAGCAGCAAGUCUGCUAAUCAAGAGAUGCAAACAUCUGAAGCGACUUAGGAAGAAUCUGGAACUCUGAAUACACCUCGCUUGGGGGCUGCAUUUCCCCUUGUGUCGAAUCCAAAAGAGUAUUGAAUGGACUUCCACAGGAGUUCCUACCCCGUCUGGGAAGAUUUCAACUCGAAAGCGACUAAGCUCCACUCCCAGCUGCGGACCACAAUAUUGGCUGCGGUCGCCUUCCUCGAGGCUUUCCAAAAAGUUGCAGACAUGGCCACCAACACAAGAGGAGCCACAAGGGACAUCGGCUCGGCGCUGACCCGGAUGUGCAUGCGUCACCGUAGCAUCGAGACCAAGCUGAGGCAGUUCACCAAUGCCCUCAUGGAGAGCCUGAUCAACCCUCUGCAGGAGAGGAUAGAGGACUGGAAGAAAACUGCCAACCAGCUGGACAAGGACCAUGCGAAAGAAUACAAACGAGCCCGCCAUGAGAUAAAGAAGAAGUCCUCUGACACACUGAAGCUUCAGAAGAAAGCGCGCAAAGAGCUACUUGGCAAGGGGGACCUGCAGCCGCAGCUGGACAACGCCCUCCAGGACGUGAACGACAUGUACCUCCUGUUGGAGGAGACAGAGAAGCAAGCGGUCCGUAAAGCACUCAUUGAGGAACGGGGACGGUUCUGCACCUUCAUCGCCUGCCUGCAGCCUGUGGUGAAUGGAGAGAUCACCAUGCUGGGAGAGAUAACCCACCUUCAGGGCAUCAUUGAUGAUCUGGUGGUGCUGACAGCAGACCCACAUAAACUGCCAACUGCCAGCGAGCAGGUGAUCAAAGAUCUGAAGGGCUCUGAUUACAGCUGGUCUUACCAAACUCCUCCAUCCUCCCCCAGCAGCUCAGGAUCCCGCAAAUCCAGCAUGUGCAGCCUGGCACAACCAGUAAAUGCCAACACCCGCCUGUCCAGCGUCUCGUCACAUGACUCAGGCUUCAUCUCGCAGGAUGCCAUGUUCUCCAAGCCUCCUUCACCAAUGCCCUUGGACAUCACCAGUCAGAAAUCCUCCAGCUCUGCGUCGUCUGAGGCCUCUGAAGCUUGCCAGUCUGUUAGCGAAUGCAACUCCCCAACCUCGGUUAGUUCUGGCUCUGCCACAGGACCGUGUUCGGGUGGCCAAAAGUGCUGGGAUUGCCGGUGGUGCCGCCCUUGUAUUUUGCAGGACUGGUCCAAGCUCCCCAUCUACGAGCAGCCGGCGGCAAACACCCUGCAACGAAGAAAGGAUCGUGCAGAGCUUCUCCGCGAGGCAGAACCAGGCUCUGCCGCCCUGACUUAUCCAGGGCUUAGCGUGGAGGAUGGGCCCAGGCCUCGCCUGUCCCCUGCCUCCAUUGCUGCCAAGCAUGGGGAGGAGGUGUCCCCAGCUGCCAGUGACUUGGCCAUGGUGCUGACCCACGGCCUGAGCCUGGAGCACCAGAAGAGCAGCCGGGAUUCGCUGCAGUUCUCCAGUGGCUACAGCACGCAGACCACCACCCCGUCUUGUUCCGAGGACACCAUUCCCUCCCAAGGUUCAGAGUACGACUGCUAUUCCGUGAAUGGCGACAUCGAAGGAGACAACCAGAAUGAAUUAGACAAAUCCUCAACCAUCCCUCGUAACAGCAACAUUGCUCAGAAUUAUCGGCGUAUGAUCCAGACCAAGCGACCAGCUUCAACUGCCGGCCUGCCCACUGGCACUGCCUUGCCAACUGGGGCCACGCCAGGUGUGGCCACCAUCCGUCGCACACCUUCCACCAAGCCCACGGUUCGCCGAACCAUUUCCAGCGCUGGUCCAAUUCCCAUCAGGCCACCCAUUGUCCCUGUCAAGACCCCCACUGUGCCUGACUCACCUGCUCACGCUGGCCCUCUCCGGAUGGGCAGCGAGGAAUGUGUCUUCUAUGCCGACAAUGCCUCCUCUCCCCACAGCCUGGACUUGGCCAAAGCCUCCCCCAAGAGGCUGAGCCUGCCCAACACCACCUGGGGCAGCAGCGUCCUGGAGAUCUCGGUGUUCGCGGGAGCUGGGAAGCCCUCCGCAGAAGAGGAGCAGCAGCUGGCUGCCAACCGUCACAGCCUCGUGGAAAAGAUUGGCGAGCUGGUGGCCAGCGCUCAUGCCCUGGGAGACGGCCAGUUCCCUUUCCCUACGGUGUUCUCGGACCCUGGUCCUGAGGAGCAGACCCCCAAUCCCCCCCCGGCUGCUUCCAGUGAGCCUCCUGCUGAAGAUAUGCUGGUGGCCAUCCGCCGCGGUGUGCGCCUUCGCCGAACCAUCACCAACGAUAGGUCAGCACCGCGGUUUUUGUGAUGAGCUCUGCCCAGCUGCUGAUGCCAAGCUCCUUGGGAGGCCAGAGGCCCACAGCCUCAGGAAAGAACUGGGGAACGUAGAGGAGGCGCAGUGAACCGCCAAAAGGCCGUGCCCCUUCAUGGACACCUAGGAUCAGGAUCUAGAUUUAAAAGGAGACUAAGCUAAAUGCCUUCACUAAACAACAUGCAAGAGUCCCGCUGGUCAAAAACAGUUGUGGAGCCUACCUUCUACCUUGUUCUCCUUUCCCUUCCACACCUUCUUUCCAGUCUCAUCUGCAGCAAGGUGAGAAACUGGCCCCUCCAGCUUGGGGUAGCAGAGGAGUAGCAGAACCACUGCUCCAAAAAGAGCUCAUUUCCUCUGGGGAGAAAAACCCAAAUUCUUUCCUGAGUACCUCCUGUUUCUUCCUCUGGUUCUUUUCUGUGUUCCUCUCAUCACUUGGUAUCCACGCCUCCCAAAAAGAUGUUGCAAGAUGGAGAAGUCUAGAAAUCCAGUCCCUCUGUAGAGUUGGGCUGCAGGAUGUGGGAGGAGCAGGAUCCCCCUCCCCGGGCUUACUUGAGGAGAAGGCUUUCUCUCGGGAGGGGCUCCCUCACCACUUGAGGGGGUCUCUCCAGGUGAGACGCAGGCUCAGGCCGGGGGACAUGGGGGGAUGGAUUUCAUUAAAAGGGCACUUCCUUGUCCAGCUCUGCCCCUGGGCUGCCCUCGCCCCUGGCUUGAAACGUCCCAGAGCCUCUCUGGAGCAUCAAGGCAGGAUUGGCAGUGCGAGAGGUGUGCCUUGAGGCAUGAUUUAGAGUAUGGAUUGCAUGGAGCCACGUGGGCACAUUGACAUCCCCAA